GGAGGGGCCAGGCCCGGCACCCGGAUCCCGAGGUCCGCGCCCCGCGCCCCGCGCUCAGCGCCGGGCGCCCGAAUCCCGGAGCCGCCGCCAUGGGGGCCUGCCUGGGAGCCUGCUCCCUGCUCAGCUGCGCGUCCUGCCUCUGCGGCUCUGCCCCCUGCAUCCUGUGCAGCUGCUGCCCCGCCAGCCGCAACUCCACCGUGAGCCGCCUCAUCUUCACGUUCUUCCUCUUCCUGGGGGUGCUGGUGUCCAUCAUUAUGCUGAGCCCGGGCGUGGAGAGUCAGCUCUACAAGCUGCCCUGGGUGUGUGAGGAGGGGUCCGGGAUCCCCACCGUCCUGCAGGGCCACAUCGACUGUGGCUCCCUGCUUGGCUACCGCGCUGUCUACCGCAUGUGCUUCGCCACGGCGGCCUUCUUCUUCUUUUUCACCCUGCUCAUGCUCUGCGUGAGCAGCAGCCGGGACCCCCGGGCUGCCAUCCAGAACGGGUUUUGGUUCUUUAAGUUCCUGAUCCUGGUGGGCCUCACCGUGGGUGCCUUCUACAUCCCUGACGGCUCCUUCACCAACAUCUGGUUCUACUUUGGCGUUGUGGGCUCCUUCCUCUUCAUCCUCAUCCAGCUGGUGCUGCUCAUCGACUUUGCGCACUCCUGGAACCAGCGGUGGCUGGGCAAGGCCGAGGAGUGCGAUUCCCGUGCCUGGUACGCAGGCCUCUUCUUCUUCACUCUCCUCUUCUACUUGCUGUCGAUCGCGGCCGUGGCGCUGAUGUUCAUGUACUACACUGAGCCCAGCGGCUGCCACGAGGGCAAGGUCUUCAUCAGCCUCAACCUCACCUUCUGUGUCUGCGUGUCCAUCGCUGCUGUCCUGCCCAAGGUCCAGGACGCCCAGCCCAACUCGGGUUUGCUGCAGGCCUCAGUCAUCACCCUCUACACCAUGUUUGUCACCUGGUCAGCCCUAUCCAGUGUCCCUGAACAGAAAUGCAACCCCCAUUUGCCAACCCAGCUGGGCAACAAGACAGUCGUGGCAGGCCCCGAGGGCUAUGAGACCCAGUGGUGGGAUGCCCCGAGCAUUGUGGGCCUCAUCAUCUUCCUCCUGUGCACCCUCUUCAUCAGAGACACUAUGUUGCCCAGGAUGGCCUUGAACUCCUGGCCCAAGCAAUCCUCCUACCUCAGCCUGCCAAAGUGUUUGGAUUACAGGAGUGCACCACUCCUGGCCUGAUUACCUUCAUUUUACAGAUAGGGAAACUGAGAGCCGGGGAGGAGGCCAUGAGCACAUGGUGGCUGGUGGCCAAGGAGCUUGGAACUCUUUCCCUGCCCCUGGUUCUCUGUCCCUUCCCCUCCCUGACCUGGCACAGCUGUUUUUCCUGCUGCUUCCACAACCACAGCUCCCUGGCACAUGCACUGCUGACAGCCCAGGGGCACAGGUCUGUUCUUAGCGUGGUUCUUACAGCACAGGCAGCAAAGAAGCAUAUGCAACCCAUGAGGGCCGGGACCACCCAAUCUGGGCUCCCAUGCAUGAGAUAUCCAUACAGUAUUUGGUAGAUAGGGUGGAGAGGGUGGAGAGGGUGAAUAGGGUGGUUAGGGUGGAUAGGGUGGAUAGGGUGGUUAGGGUGGAUAGGGUGGUUAGGGUGGACAGGGUGGAUAGGGUGGAGAGGGUGGAGAGGGUGGAUAGGGUGGAGAGGGUGGAGAGGGUGGAGAGGGUGGAUAGGGUGGUUAGAGUGGAGAGAGUGGACAGGGUGGAGAGGGUGGAUAGGGACCCACUGACUCACAGCAAGGGGUGAUUUCUCAAUUUGCUGGGGUGGCAGGGCUGGAAUCCAGCUCUCCUUCUUUUCACUUUUGUUUGGAAACGCGAGUUGGUUUUUCAAAAACUUUUAUGUCUCAAACUAUCAAAUUCUGUUAAAAACAUCAAGGCUCAUCACAGAAAAGCAUGACAUACAAUCAUUGCUGUUGUUCUUUUUUUAGUGUAAGCAUGAAGGAAAGGGAGGCCGUUGGUAAAACCACCUGACACUAAUAAAAUGGAAACUUAAAAUCAAUGGCAAAUGAGCGUGAUUAAUUAUUAACAUUCUUAAUGGAUGUAGUACCUGGUAUGGUACUUUGUAGUAUUAGGUACUCGAUACGUGUUUAUGGAAAUGGCAAAGGAACAAUCCUAACAAUAGUGACUGUUGAUGGAAUUUAUAUUCUGUGCCAAGCACUAUGCUAGAGACCUUACAUCAUUAUUCCGUCUAGUCCCCCCAGCAGCCGUCUAGAGGAGGUACGAUUAUCCCUUAUUUUACACACAAGGAAUCAGAGGCUCAGAGAGGUUAAGUGUUUUGCUCAAGGUCACACAGAAAAUGGGAGUAGGGGUAGGGGUAGAGUUGAGAGGCAAAGCAGUCUGUUAACUCCCAGGCCCAGUAACCGGGUCACUGGCCUCUGAGGCUCUGGGACCAUUUGUGUCCGGUGUUAUGACCAACGUCAGGGCUAUCUAUUUGCCCGCCUUCCUCCCUCCC